CGUGAAGAUGGGUCUAUUGAUGCGAAGGAAGUCUGUGUGUACAAGCACAGAAAUACUCAUCUAGAAGUCGAUGGGUCUAUAUGCAAGUGUAACUUCGACUGAACCCGGUACACCGUCCAAGUUCCAAACAGCGAAACUGCGAUCAUAAAACCGACCGCUAAUGUGUACCCGGGAAGAAUCGGCAGCUUCUCUACCGACAAGGAGAACAGCGAACUGACGAUCAGAGGGCUGAGCGCCAUCGCCAAGCUCUGCGAGACCUCCGCGAGCCCGUUUGCGGCGCCCAACGACGCCGCGCUCGGCGCGCUCUCACGAACGAGUAUCAUGCUGACCGAGAAAGCGAGACAGGCGAUUUGGGACAUCGCAGCGACGACGACGACGCUGGCCCAUAACAAUCGACCGCCAGGAUCGACACGUUGACCGAUGGCGCUCAAGACGGGGAAGAGCGCGAAGGUGACCGGCCAAGCUCCCAUCAGCACGAGGUAGAGGUCCAGGAUCUUGUAUCGCUGGAGUAGGCGCGGCAUGAUGAGCGACUUGAGCACGACGGCAAUGGAGCCGGAGAUCGCAAGCGCCGUGGCGAUAUCGGAUGGAAGGAAGCCGAGCCCGCCAUACUCGUGAGGGGAAUACGCGAAGAGCACGAAGAGCGCGUUGUAAGCGGCGGUGAUGAAGGCUAGAGCCGUUCCUGCGACCAGCACCGAGCGGAGGGGGUCUUGAGCUAGGAGCUCGCGCGUCCCUGGCGGGUCACUCGGAACUUCGGUAGGAUCGUCCUCGGCUAUCGUGGCUCCAACGAAUCCUAUACGGGUCGUGAAAUCGGCGCGUCGUUUGCCAGGGAGCGUCUCCUCCAGUGAUAAACUGCUCGCGAAGACAGCGAGCAGGGCUAGUACGGCAGUGGCGAAGCCCGGAAGAGCGUAUGGAUACAUGCGCCAGAACGUAGACGAGAAUGACGCCCAUCGUUCUGCAGGAUUCUCGAGCUGGCCACCUAUCAUUGGGCCAAUUAUAUAUCCCAAGGACGAGCACAGAUCGUACAGUGGAAACGCUACAGAUUGGUUCGUCUCGUCGGUCAAUUCGCCGACGACGGAAUGCAUGGUGGCCACCGUCCCCGCAAAUAAUCCUGAUAUUACACGCGCGAGCAGGACGCCCAGCAGAGUGCGAGAGAGGCCGAACAUGAGAGCUGCUGCGCCCAAACCGAAUGCGCCGCCUAAUACAACAGGUUUGCGACCCGAUGUAUCCGAUAGUCUACCCCAUGGAUAAGUGCUGAUGAUUUGGACGAUCGGAGCUGUACUCUCGAUCAGACCGCUAUAAAAACCGACCCGUCUUGGGUUGUCGGUGAACCCGAAACGCAGAACGAGAUGAUUGACGUAGGGCAGGAACUGAGUCGCAGCGACGGGGACCACGAGUUUCGCAAGGUACAAGGAAGCUAGUUGCGCCUUUGGCAAGGGCGUCCGACGAUUCCCGUGGCCGGCUCCGGGAAGCAAAGCCGUCGACUCCGUCGGGACGGCGUCGACACCGGCCUCUACGUCGCGUGUCUCAACCAGGGCCAUCGCAGAAUAAUAUGCCAAUGUUCAUGCGAGCCCGACGGUGUGUAGCGCCGGAUGUUGGUGGUCGUCGUCCAGAACGUGAUUGUGCCGCGGCCGUUCUGCGGCUUUCUCAACGACCCGCUCCGGCCCUAGCUGAUGAUGGCGUUGAUGUCCAUUCAACUCUCGCCGUUUCUCCCGCUCUUAAAAGCUCUGUAUGGACGAUAUGGACUCUGUAAGAGAAACGCACGUUUGCGCGAAGAUGGUGUAUGAUAUCGCGCGACCGGCAAUCGCCACGGGUAUCAUUGGUGCAGUCCAGUGACCUGAUUUGAUUCUGGCCUUUAUAACGACCUAACCUUGACCUCGACGUUCACCGCAGCAUCCAGCACCGAGCACCGAGCACCUUCAACCCGUUCUCCACCACUAACAACAAUGCCCAAAGCCGUCGUCCUUGGUGCCGCAGGUGGUAUCGGCCAGCCUCUCGCUCUCCUGCUGAAGGCCAACCCGCUGGUGACCGAGCUCGGACUUUAUGAUAUCGUGAACACGCCCGGCGUCGCCGCUGAUCUCUCUCACAUCUCGACUCCGGCCAAGGUCGAGGGCUACCUUCCGCCCGACGAUGGCCUGAAGAAGGUUCUCACCGGCGCCGAUGUCGUCGUGAUCCCCGCCGGCGUGCCUCGCAAACCCGGGAUGACCCGCGAUGAUCUCUUCAAGAUCAACGCUGGCAUCGUUCGCGAUUUGGCCACCGGCAUCGCCACCACCGCGCCGAAGGCCUUCGUCCUCGUCAUUUCCAACCCUGUCAACUCGACCGUGCCCAUCGUCGCUGAGGUAUUCAAGAAGCACGGCGUCUUCGACCCGAAGAGGCUCUUCGGCGUGACCACCCUCGACGUCGUCCGCGCGUCAACCUUCGUCUCCGAGAUCCUCGGCGACCUCUCUCUCUCCAAGUCCGUCACGGUCCCCGUCGUCGGUGGCCACAGCGGCGUCACCAUCAUCCCCCUUCUCUCUCAAUCCUCCCACCCGCUCCCCUCCGACUUCUCCACCUCCUCGCUCGAGGCGCUCACCAAGCGCAUCCAGUUCGGCGGAGACGAGGUCGUGAAGGCGAAGGACGGUGCGGGGUCCGCGACGCUCAGCAUGGCGUACGCCGGCGCCGAGUUCGCCGCCAAGGUCCUCCGCGCGAUCGGCGGCGAGACCGGGAUCAAGGCCCCGACCUACGUCCACCUCAGCGCGGACAAGGAGGGCGGCGCGGCUGUGCAGAAGGAGAUCGGCACGGAGCUCGACUUCUUCUCGUCCGUCGUGGAGCUCGGGCCGUCCGGCGUGGAGAAGAUUCUUCCGCUCGGCAAGGUGACCGAGUACGAACAGGGUCUCAUCACCGCGGCCAUUCCCGAGCUGAAGAAGAACAUCGAGACUGGUGUCGCCUUCAUCCAGGCACCCAAGCUUUGAGAACGCGGAUCUGGUCAGCGUGUCGCAUGGCGCGGUCUGGAGCUCUGCGACAUAUGCUGACGUCUGUUCUAUUUCUAUUUCAGGAGACUCGGUCGAGAGGUCGUACAGGCACCGCUGCUGCGGAGGAAUGGCGUAGAGUAGUUGUAUGAACGUCCAGACCCGAAUGCAGGGAUUUCACAAUGUAUUGGAUGUGUACUCGUGUCUAAAACAAUAAAAGUGUAGUAUUACUGGCUGCAAUGCUCUAACGUCGGCCGAGUUAGC